AUGAGCGGGGGAUGGAAUACAAUCGAAUCCGAUGCGGGUGUAUUCACAUCGCUGAUAGAGAAUCUCGGCGUCAAGGACAUUCAGUUUGAAGAGCUCCUCACACUGGAUCCUUCGGAGCUGCUUGCGCUGCAGCCUGUGUACGGCGUCAUCUUUCUUUUCAAAUACCCAACCGACAAGCCAUACGCCACGCCUGACGGGCCGCUCGACGGUAAAUUCGACCAGGCCGCCUCGGAGAAGCUCUUUUUCGCCGCUCAGACAAUACAGAAUGCGUGCGCCACGCAGGCGCUGCUCAGCGUGUUGCUGAACCAGACGGCCGCUUCCAACACGGACACUACCACCGACAAUGACAGCCAUAAGGUCGACAUUGGCGAGAAGCUGCGCGACUUUCGCGACUUCACCAUGGUGCUGCCGCCCGAGUUCCGCGGCGAGGCGCUGAGCAACUCGGAUCUGAUCCGCGAGGUGCACAACAGCUUCGCGCGCAGCAACCCGUUUGCCGACGAGACGCAGCGCGACCCCAACGCCGAGACCGAGGACGCCUUCCACUUUGUCGCCUACACCCCGAUCGGCGGCACGCUGUACGAGCUCGAUGGUCUGCAGCCGGCGCCCAUCUCUCACGGCGCGUGCGCGCAAGACGAGUUCCCGCGCCGCGUGGUCGACGUGCUGCAGCGUCGCGUCGCCCGCUACGAGGCAACCGAGAUCCGCUUCAACCUGCUGGCCAUGUGCCGCGACCUGCGUGUGCGCGCGCGCGAGUUUGGCGACGCUGAGCUGCUGGAGAGGGAGGAGCGCAAGCGCCGCGAGUGGCGCUUUGAGAACGCCCUCCGCCGGCACAACUUUGUCGGCUUCGCGGGCGAGGUGCUCAAGGGCGUGGCUGGCAACCGCAUCCGCGCAGGCGGUGAUGAGGGCGUCAAGACGUGGGUGGACGAGAGCCUGGAGAGGAGAAAGACGGCCGAGAAGGCGUUGCGAGGCAGGGGAGGGGACGGGGAUGUCGAUAUGAGCUAG